CAGGCGACGGCUCCCCUUUGGCUGGGCUGCCUGGGAGCUGCGCGCUUGCCGGGUGGGUGUCUGGGUCCGGUGCUCCUGCUCCCUCGUUGCUUGCCGGUGCGUUCCGUGCUCCAGGGGCUGCCCAGCCAUGCUGUGCUGCCUGCUGGUGAGGGCCAGCAACCUCCCCAGUGUGAAGAAGGACCGCAGCGACCCUGUCGCCAGCCUGACGUUCCGAGGGGUAAAGAAGAGAACCAAAGUCAUCAAGAACAGUGUGAACCCCGUGUGGAAUGAAGGCUUUGAGUGGGAUCUCAAGGGUAUUCCCCUGGACCAGAGCUCCGAGCUUCAUGUGGUGGUCAAGGAUCAUGAGACAAUGGGAAGGAACAGGUUUCUGGGGGAAGCCAAAGUCCCACUCCGCGAAGUCCUUUCAACCCCCAGUCUAUCCGCUAGCUUCAAUGCUCCCCUGCUGGACACCAAGCAGCAUCCCACUGGGGCUUCGCUGGUCUUGCAGGUGUCCUACACACCACUCCCUGGAGCUGUGCCCCUGUUUCCACCCUCUGUUCCUCUGGAGCCCUCUCCGACAUUGCCUGACAUGGACCUGGUGGCUGGUGGGGGACAGAGCCGGGCCGAGACUUGGUCCUUGCUCAGUGACAGCACCGUGGACACGAGAUACUCUGGAAAGAAGUGGUCGGCUCCCACGGACACAGGAGGAGAGGAAGACACUGAAGACCAGGGGCUCACAGGAGAUGAAGCAGAGCCGUUCCUGGAUCAGAGUGGAGCUCCAGGCCCUGGCGCUCCUACCACCCCCAGGAAGCCGCCGUCCCAUCCUCCCCCCUACCAUCCUGGAAGCAAAAGAAAGAAAAGUGUGCCCACGUCCAAAAAGCUGCUGUCAGACAAGCCACAGGACUUCCAGAUCAGAGUCCAGGUGAUCGAGGGGCGCCAGCUGCCAGGGGUGAACAUCAAACCUGUAGUCAAGGUCACGGCUGCUGGACAGACCAAAAGGACUCGGAUUCACAAGGGCAACAGCCCUCUCUUCAACGAGACUCUUUUCUUCAACAUGUUUGACUCGCCUGUGGAGCUGUUUGAUGAGCCCAUCUUCAUCACGGUGGUGGACUCCCGUUCCCUCAGGACAGAUGCUCUCAUCGGGGAGUUCCGGAUGGACGUGGGCACCAUUUACAGAGAGCCCCGGCAUGCCUAUAUCAGGAAAUGGCUGCUGCUCUCGGACCCUGAUGAUUACUCUGCUGGGGCCAGAGGCUACUUGAAAGCCAGUCUGUGUGUGCUGGGGCCUGGAGACGAAGCUCCCCUGGACAAAAGAGACCCCUCUGAAGACAAGGAGGACAUCGAAGGCAACCUACUCAGACCAACAGGUGUGGCCCUUCGAGGAGCCCACUUCUGCCUGAAGCUCUUCAGGGCUGAGGACUUACCACAGAUGGAUGAUGCUGUGAUGGACAACGUGAAACAAAUCUUUGGCUUUGACAGUAACAAGAAGAACUUGGUGGACCCCUUUGUGGAGGUCAGCUUCGCCGGGAGAAUGCUCUGCAGCAAAAUCCUGGAGAAGACAGCCAACCCCCAGUGGAACCAGAACAUCACACUGCCAGCUAUGUUUCCCUCCAUGUGUGAAAAAAUGAGAGUUCGCGUCAUGGACUGGGACCGCCUCACUCACAAUGACGUUGUGUCUACCACCUACCUUGGUAUGUCAAAAAUCUCUGCUCCUGGAGGAGAAAUAGAAGUGGACGACAAUCUGGGCUUCCUUCCCACCUUUGGCCCCUGCUAUGUGAACCUGUAUGGCAGUCCGCGGGAAUUCACGGGCUUCCCAGACCCCUACGCAGAGCUCAACAUGGGCAAGGGAGAAGGCGUGGCCUACCGAGGCCGGCUUCUGCUGUCCCUGGAGACCAAGCUGGUGGAGCACAGUGAGCAGAAGGUGGAGGACCUUCCUGCAGAUGACAUCCUCCGGGUAGAGAAGUACCUCCGGAGGCGCAAAUACUCCCUCUUCGCCGCCUUCUACUCGGCCUCUAUGCUGCAGGACGUGGAUGAUGCUAUUCAGUUUGAGGUCAGCAUUGGGAACUAUGGCAAUAAGUUCGAUACAACCUGUCUGCCGCUGGCCUCCACCACCCAGUACAGCCGGGCAGUCUUUGAUGGAUGCCACUAUUACUACUUACCCUGGGGCAAUGUGAAGCCAGUCGUGGUGCUGUCCUCCUACUGGGAGGACAUCAGCCAUAGGAUUGAGACUCAAAACCAGCUGCUCAGGAUUGCUGACCGGUUGGAAGCUGGCUUGGAGCAGGUCCACCUGGCCUUGAAGGCACAGGGUUCCACGGAGGACACAGACUCUCUAGUGGCUCAGCUGAUGGAUGAGCUCAUUGCAGACUGCAGCCAGCCCUUGGGUGAUGUCCAUGCGAUACCUUCUGCUACUCACCUGGACCAGUACCUGUUCCGGCUACGUACCCGUCACCUGAGCCAGAUCACGGAGGCUGCCCUGGCCUUGAAGCUCAGCCACAGUGAGCUCCCUGUGAUCCUAGAACAGGCUGAGGACUGGCUCCUGAGGCUCCGUGCUCUGGCAGAAGAGCCCCAGAACAGCCUGCCGGACAUCAUCAUAUGGAUGCUGCAGGGAGACAAGCGUGUGGCCUACCAACGGAUACCUGCUCAUGAAAUCAUCUUCUCCCGGCGUGGUGCCAACUAUUGUGGCAGGAAUUGUGGGAAGCUGCAGACAAUCUUUCUAAAAUAUCCAAUGGAGGCAGUGCCUGGAGCCAGAAUGCCAGUGCAGAUACGAGUCAAGCUCUGGUUUGGGCUCUCUGUGGAUGAGAAAGAGUUCAACCAGUUUGCUGAGGGGAAGCUCUCUGUCUUUGCUGAAACGUAUGAGAACCAGACCAAGCUGGCCUUGGUUGGAAACUGGGGCACAACGGGCCUCACAUACCCCAAGUUUUCUGAUGUCACGGGCAAGAUCAAGCUACCCAAGGACAGCUUCCGUCCCUCGGCUGGAUGGGCCUGGGCAGGAGAUUGGUUCGUGUGUCCAGAGAAGACCCUGCUUCAUGAUGCUGAUGCUGGUCAUCUGAGCUUCGUGGAGGAGGUGUUUGAGAACCAGACCCGGCUCCCUGGAGGCCAGUGGAUCUACAUGAGUGACAACUACACUGAUGUUAAUGGGGAGAAGGUGCUUCCUAAGGAUGACAUCGAGUGUCCAGUGGGCUGGAAGUGGGAAGAUGAAGAAUGGUCCACAGACCUCAAUCGGGCCGUUGAUGAGCAAGGCUGGGAGUACAGCAUCACUAUUCCCCCGGACCGGAAGCCAAGGCACUGGGUCCCUGCUGAGAAGAUGUACUAUACACACCGACGGAGGCGCUGGGUCCGCCUGCGCAGGAGGGACCUCAGCCAGAUGGAAGCUUUGAAGAGACACAGGCAGGCAGAGGCAGAGGGCGAGGGCUGGGAGUACGCCUCUCUCUUUGGCUGGAAGUUUCACCUGGAGUACCGCAAGACUGACGCCUUUCGCCGCCGCCGUUGGCGCCGUCGCAUGGAGCCCCUGGAGAAGACAGGGCCUGCUGCUGUGUUUGCCCUCGAGGGAGCCCUGGGUGGUGUGGUGGAUGACAGGAGCGAAGAUUCCAUGUCUGUGUCUACCCUGAGCUUCGGUGUAAACAGACCCACAAUCUCCUGCAUCUUUGAUUAUGGGAACCGAUACCAUUUGCGUUGCUACAUGUACCAGGCCCGGGACCUGCCUGCGAUGGACAAGGACUCAUUCUCUGAUCCCUAUGCAAUUGUCUCCUUCUUACACCAGAGCCAGAAGACAGUGGUGGUGAAGAAUACUCUGAAUCCCACCUGGGAUCAGACACUGAUUUUCUAUGAGAUUGAGAUUUUUGGUGAGCCAGCCAGCAUCACAGAGCAGCCACCCAGAAUUGUGGUGGAGCUCUAUGACCAUGACACCUAUGGUGCAGAUGAGUUUAUGGGCCGCUGCAUCUGUCAGCCAAGCCUGGAACGGAUACCCCGGCUGGCCUGGUUCCCACUGAUGAGGGGUAGCCAGCCAGCGGGUGAGCUUCUGGCAUCUUUUGAGCUUAUCCAGAGAGAGAAGCCGGCCAUCCACCAUAUUCCUGGUUUCGAGGUACAAGACACAUCAAGGAUCCUGGAUGAGUCGGAUGACACAGACCUGCCCUAUCCACCACCUCAGAGGGAGGCCAACAUCUACAUGGUUCCCCAGAACAUCAAGCCAGUUCUGCAGCGCACUGCCAUUGAGAUCCUGGCAUGGGGCCUGCGGAAUAUGAAGAGCUACCAGAUGGCCAGUAUUUCAUCCCCCAGCCUUGUAGUGGAGUGUGGGGGGCAGACAGUCCAGUCUUGUGUCAUCAGAAACCUCCGGAAGAACCCCAAUUUUGACAUCUGCACUCUCUUCAUGGAAGUGAUGCUGCCCAGGGAGGAACUCUACUGUCCCCCCAUCGUGGUCAAGGUCAUUGAUAACCGUCAGUUUGGCCGCCGGCCUGUGGUGGGCCAGUGUACUAUCCGCUCCCUGGAGAGUUUCCUAUGUGACCCCUAUUCAGCUGAGAGUCCAUCCCCUCAUGCUGGCCCAGAUGAUGUGAGUUUACUCAGCCCUGGAGAAGACGUGCUCAUUGACAUUGAUGACAAGGAGCCCCUCAUCCCCAUCCAGCUUGCAGAUGGUCUGUCCAGUUUGGCUCCUACUAACAUGGCGUCUUCUCCAGCCAGUCCUCAUGAGGAGGAGUUCAUUGACUGGUGGAGCAAAUUCUUCGCCUCCAUAGGGGAGAGUGAAAAGUGUGGCUCCUACUUGGAGAAAGAUUUUGACACUCUAAAGGUCUAUGACACACAGCUGGAGAAUGUGGAGGCUUUUGAAGGCCUGUCUGAUUUUUGUAAUACCUUCAAGCUUUACCGAGGCAAGACUCAGGAAGAGACAGAAGAUCCGUCUGUCACUGGCGAGUUUAAGGGCCUUUUCAAAAUUUAUCCCCUCCCAGAAGACCCAGCCAUUCCCAUGCCCCCAAGACAGUUCCACCAGCUGGCUGCCCAGGGGCCCCAGGAGUGCUUGGUCCGGAUCUAUAUUGUUCGAGCAUUUGGCCUCCAGCCCAAGGACCCCAAUGGGAAGUGUGACCCUUACAUCAAGAUCUCCAUAGGGAAGAAGUCAGUGAGUGACCAGGAUAACUACAUCCCCUGUACCCUGGAGCCUGUAUUUGGAAAGAUGUUUGAGCUGACCUGCACUCUACCUCUGGAGAAGGACCUGAAGAUCACUCUCUAUGACUACGACCUUCUCUCCAAGGAUGAGAAGAUUGGGGAGACAGUCAUUGAUCUGGAGGACAGGCUGCUGUCUAAGUUUGGGGCUCGUUGUGGACUCCCACAGACCUACUGUGUCUCUGGACCGAACCAGUGGAGGGACCAGCUCCGCCCUUCCCAGCUUCUCCACCUCUUCUGUCAGCAACACAGAGUCAAGGCCCCUGUGUAUCGGACAGAUCGAGUGACAUUUCAGGAUAAAGAGUACACCAUUGAGGAGAUAGAUGCUGGCAGGAUCCCGAAUCCACACCUGGGCCCAGUGGAGGAGCGUCUGGCUCUUCAUGUCCUUCAGCAGCAAGGCCUGGUUCCUGAGCAUGUGGAAUCACGGCCCCUCUACAGCCCGCUACAGCCAGAUAUUGAGCAGGGGAAGCUGCAGAUGUGGAUCGACCUAUUUCCAAAGGCUCUGGGGCGGCCCGGACCUCCCUUCAAUAUCACUCCUCGGAAAGCCAGAAGGUUUUUCCUGCGUUGUAUUGUCUGGAAUACCAAAGAUGUGAUCCUGGAUGAUCUCAGCCUCACUGGGGAGAAGAUGAGUGACAUUUAUGUGAAAGGUUGGAUGGUGGGCUUUGAAGAGCACAAACAGAAGACAGAUGUGCACUAUCGCUCCCUGGGUGGUGAGGGUAACUUCAAUUGGAGGUUUGUGUUCCCCUUCGACUACCUGCCGGCCGAGCAAGUCUGCUCCAUUGCCAAGAAGGAUGCCUUUUGGAGACUGGACAAGACGGAGAGCAAAAUCCCAGCCCGAGUGGUGUUCCAGAUCUGGGACAACGACAAGUUUUCCUUUGAUGAUUUUCUGGGCUCCCUGCAGCUAGAUCUCAACCACAUGCCCAAGCCAGCCAAGACGGCUGAGAAAUGCUCCUUGGAUCAGCUAGAUGACACUUUCCACCCAGAAUGGUUUGUGUCCCUUUUUGAGCAGAAGACGGUGAAGGGCUGGUGGCCCUGUGUAGCAGAAGAGGGAGAAAAGAGGAUCUUGGCGGGAAAGUUGGAAAUGACCUUAGAGAUUGUCGCAGAGAGCGAGCAUGAAGAACGGCCUGCUGGCCAGGGACGGGAUGAACCCAAUAUGAAUCCGAAACUGGAGGAUCCAAGGCGUCCUGAUACCUCCUUCCUAUGGUUCACCUCCCCAUACAAGACAAUGAAGUUCAUCCUGUGGCGACGCUUCCGGUGUGCCAUCAUCCUCUUCAUCAUCCUCUUCAUCCUACUGCUGUUCCUGGGCAUCUUCGUUUAUGCCUUUCCGAACUAUGCUGCCAUGAAGCUGGUGAAACCCUUCAGCUGAGGACCUCCCUGCGCUGGACACGGGGGCGCCGGCUGCCCUCUGGCCUCAGGACUGGCCUGCUCCUCCUUCCACUUAGCCACUUACUUCAGACCUGAGGGUCCUGCCAGGCAGGUGGAUGGAGGGACUCACACAGACUCCAAGAGGUGCUGCCUUGGAGUUUCACUUUCAUCAUCUCCUUCCCCCAACUCUUCUUUUGUGUCAGCUUGUAUGUAUUUCCGUAUAAAGCAUCCUGAACCAGA